AUGGGGCGAACAACGUGUUUGGGAUGGAGAAACCAAACCUGGUUGAUUUGACGAGAUUUUUGCUCAGUUAUCUAAGCAAUCUCUCUCCACCAGACACAGAUAGUCUCUGGAAUAAGGAACUUGUCGAGUCAUCUGUCCGGAAUCUCAUAAGUGAGUUGGCAAAACUGAGCUGUGGAGUUCCAGAGUCGAACUAUUCUGGAUCUGUACAGACACCAUUCCCGAAUAGAAAUGGACAAACACUACGAUCCUUUGGUCAAAACAUUGAAAUGAAAAGGGGUGAUUGGUACUGUCCAAGGUGUAAAUUUAUGAACUUUGCAAGAAAUAUGAAAUGUCUUGAAUGUGAGGAAGCACGGCCAAAGAGACAGCUGACUGGUGGGGAAUGGGAGUGUCCUCAAUGUGAUUUCUUUAAUUAUGGGAGAAACAAAGUAUGCCUAAGGUGUGACUGCAAGCGGCCUGGAGAUGUCUCGAUUGGUACUACCAGCUUCAGGUCUAGCUUAGGAUUUGGGGAUGAGAAUAAUGCAAGUGGGGUUGAUCUCAGUAGCAGGUUGGCUGCAAAUGAAGAAAAGGCACAACGGUGGUUUAGUAAGGUUUCUCAGCUAAACGGUACUUCCAACAUGAACAAUUCCAUAGCAGAUGAAGAUUUUCCCGAAAUUAUGCCAUUAAGGAAAGGGGUGAACAGAUUUGUUGUAAGCACUAGGAAGACACCACUAGAGAGGAGGUUAGCUAAUGCUCAGUACCAAAGAAACUUGGGUGAUGACAACACAGCUGAGGGUACAAAUAAUUCUGGUAGCGCAUCUGCUUCAGGACGAAAUGCUGUCACAGACAGCGCUUCUGUUUCUAAUUCAGAUUCUCAACAAUUUGUUUCCCACAAUGGAAGCAAUUCGAACUAUGUUCCUUUCGUGCCACUGCCAGCAGAUAUGUUUGCCAAGAAACCUGAGAAUUCAAAGACAGAGGAGGCUAAAAAGGAAACACCAUUGUCAGACAAUUCCAUAUCUGUUGCUGCUAAGAUUGGUGGGCAAACAGCUGCUAUGACAGAAAGCAAAAGGGAUGUUAAUUCAGGGGACAAUUUGCAGCCAUCAGCAACACCAGCAAACCAAAAUGAGGAGAAAGAUGAGAAAGAACAAGCUCAAAAAUCUGAGAGAUGGUUUAAGAGGGUCGCAGAGCUGCAUAAUGUAACAGAUCUGGCCUCUGCAAUUUCGGAUGAAGACUUCCCUGAGAUAAUGCCAAUGCGUAAAGGAGAGAACCGCUUUGUAGUUAGCAAAAAGAAAGAUUGGUCUUUGACUUCUCCAGCAUACAAAAGGCGAAUGGCCAUGGAGCAAGGAGGCAAUUCCAAUUUUGUCCCCUUUGUUCCAUUCCCACCUGACUACUUUGCUAAAAAGGACAAAGAGCUGCCAGAAUCUGCUGAUUCACCUUCGAAAGCAGUUGAUGAAACAUCAAACUCUGCAAUACCUGACAAGUUGAGUGAGGCUACACAUGGUCCACCUUGCAGAGAUGGUGUGCAACAAAUGGGAAGUCAAGGGACUGGUUCUGGCAGCUGGAAGAUGCAACCUUCUGAAAUAAGCUUAAAUCAGAAUAUGAAGGGAACAUAUGACUCACAAACCAGAGGAAAUUUGACCCAGAGUUCUUUCAAUCUCCAAACAAGUGGCAGUAGUCGUUGGAGCCGAGAGUACUCUGAGAAUGGAAAUAUGAACGAGAUUACACAUACGGCAGAGAGAUCAAGUAGCAACAGUGGAUAUAUCCAGAAAGAAGGCAGAGAAGAAAUGGCAAAUUCGGUAGGAAAUCCUCCACAACCAUCGGAAACAGAGAAUAUUAGGAAUACAUGGUCUGGGAAGAGCUUGGAGGGUUCAGCAGUGAAGGAACCGGAUCCUUUAGACAUGUCAGAGGAGGCAAAAGCAGAGAGAUGGUUCAGGCGGGUUGCCCAGAUCAAGGACAUAUCAGAACUAAGCCAGAUCCCUGAUGAAGAUUUCCCUUCAAUAAUGCCAAUGCGAAAAGGUGUCAAUAGGUUUGUUGUAAGCAAGAGGAAAACACCAUUGGAGAGAAGGUUAACAUCACAACAAUAUCGAAGAAACCUUCCAAUUGUGAGCUCGGAUCCAGCGAACAAGCAAAAUGACAGUAAUAGCUAAACAGGCGAAAAUAGACCCAAAUUACGGUAUAAUUUCUUUAUUUUGUUGCAAAAUUUUUGUUCGGCAUAUAUUAUUUGCGGAGACAAAUAAUCAUUGCAAAAAUAUCAACUCUGUAUCAUAUAUAGUUCAUAAUUUUAGCUAAAUAUCCGUUUUGUCUAA